AGGUUGAUAAUCUAAGUCUACUAGAUGGUUAUUAGCCACCAAAAUUCCAAAAGUUCAAUGGGAAGGGCAACCCAAGACAACACAUGGCCCAUUUUGUUGAAACAUGCAACAAUGUAGGCACCUACGGAGACCUCAUGGUGAAACAGUUUGCCCAGUCUUUCGAGGAUGCAGCCUUUGAAUGCAUAUGCAUUGGGAACUAUUGUAUAACCUUCAAGCUAACAUGCCACAUACCUUUGAAGAGUUGGCCACUUGUGCCCAUGACUUGGAAAUUCAAAUUGCUAGGCAUGGGCCAAAAGAAGAAGUCCACAUUGAAGGAGUUGCAGCAAAAGGAGUAUCCAUUUGCAGACUCUGAAGUGUCGGCUAUCUUUGAGCAAUUGUUGACACUUAACCUAAUUGAACUUCCAGCUCCUAAGUGCCUAGAGGAAGUCGGGAGAGUGAAUGAUCUGAAAUACUUUCGUCUUGAGAAAGAAGGCAACAUACAACUAGAAAGUGAAGAAGGUUCUACUGCCACCAAUGUUGCCAUGGUUUCCUUUGGAUCUUUCAGUCCAGUUCCAUUCUUGCCUGUGCAACCAACCCCACUGAUGGUUCAGCCUAAGGAGUUUGUGAAUCUUGAAGGUUGGGAAUCAUCAUUUGAGUCUGAAGAUGAGGUUGGCGAUGGUUGGUCAACCUUCAUUAGUAAGAGCAAAAAACACCGUAAUCCAGUAUCUAGUAGAAUGCCACUCCCAAAUCCUCAUAGUGUCAUUUCAAUCGUGAAGGUGGAGGCAUCGUUCAAGACCCACACUGCCAGCCAUACAACAAAAUCAUUCAUUGAUUUCAGCUUUGCCAACUGCACCAAAAAAUCAAGAACAAUGUUAGGUGCUCAAAGAAAACUUGUGCUUCCAUUGUCCGCACUCUCUAAACUAGGGCCUACUCCUUCACCAUCAACAAUCCAAGAGAAUCAUUCUCAAAAGCCUUCAGUCUUUUCUAGACUUGGUGCUAAGCAGCAAAACAACAAGAAAGUAUCUAAGAGUCAAAAGGUUCAAAAGAACAAGAACAAGUAUAUGCAAAGAAAGAAGUUUCAAUGGAGGCGUAAAGACAUCUUUGAUGAGCAAGGGAUCUCAAAGCCUUCCAUUGAGAAGGAUGAUCCAAGGCCUAUUUUUCUCAGUGUAUCAUUGAGUUUGGAGCAAGAGGCAAGAUAUGUGCAACUCCUCACCGAGUACAAGGAUGUGUUUGCAUGGUCUUACAAAGAGAUGCCAGGCGUAGACCCUAACGUAGCUGUUCACCAUCUAGCCAUGAAGCGUGGGGCGAUAAAAGGACAAGUCUUAACUGACUUUCUUGCAGAUCAUCCAAUUUUAGAAGAAUGGGAGUCGUCAGAAGGUCUACCAGAUGAGGAAGUAUUCUUUGUGGAUGUAUUGCCAUCAUGGAAGCUCUACUUCGAUAGAGCAUCAAGAAGAGAGGGUGCUAGGGCUGGCGUGGUAUGUGAUUGGACCAUAACACCAAAAUCUUCAGCUGGGCAUGCAUAUAUCUUGGCAGCAACUGAUUACUUCUCCAAAUGGGUGAAAGUUGUACUUUUGAGAGAAGUUAAGAAGGAAAAUGUUGUUGACUUCAUUCGAGUCAAUAUCAUCUAUCGGUAUGGUGUUCCAAGAUACAAGAUUAUAGAUAAUGGCAAGCCUUUUAGUAAUAGUCUCAUGGACAAGCUGUGCACAAGGUUCAAGUUUGCCCAGCAUUUUUCCUCCAUGUAUAAUGCUGCUGUGAAUGGAUUGGCAAAAGCUUUUAACAAAACCCUAUGCAAUCUCCUUAAGAAGGUUGUUUCAAAGUCUAAGCGGGAUUGGCAUGAAAGAAUGGUUGUUCUCCCUUUGGAAUGCCAAAUUCCAUCUCUCAGGAUUGCCAUUCAAGAAGAUCUUACUAAUGAACAAAAUGCCAAGCUCUAUCUCCAAGAACUGGAAGCCUUAGAUGAGAAAAGACUGGAGACCCAACAACACUUAGAGUGUUAUCAAGCCAGAUUGUCUAGAGCAUUCAACAAGAAGGUCCGAGUAAGGGCAUUUCAAGUUGGAGAUGUGGUGUUAGUUGUUCGAAGGCCAAUUGUCAUCACUCGUCAUUUAGGGGGCAAGUUCACUUCAAAAUGGAAUGGUCCUUAUGUCAUAAUAGAAGUUUACAAUAAUGGUGCCUACAAGAUUAUUGACAAAGAUGGUCUAUAGAUUGGUCCCAUUACUAGAAAGUUCCUCAAGAAGUUAAAAAAAAAUAUAAUGCUCCUAGUCAC